ACUGCUGAACGCAUCUCAACAGACGACAAUAACGAAACGCAGACGGCAGACGCCAGGAACACAUAUAUAAGCCUGAUUCCAUUUUUCUAAAUUAAGAUCUUCCGAUCAUUCCAACCAAACUUGAAUAAAUGGGGCUCUCCCGCCGUGGUUUGGUGGUAGGAAACUACUGCCACGACGUCCUCCUCCGAGACGACGUCGUAAUUGCAGAAUCCUUGGGGGGUGCAGCCUCCUUCAUCUCCAACAUUUUCUCUCUCCUCUCAAUCCCCUGCGAUUACAUCUCCAUAGUUGGCUCUGAUUUCAGCUACAAUCACUCUGUUUUCAGCUCUCCGAUUGUUUCUUCCACCUCAAAAACCACUGUUUUCCAUGCCCAUUUCCCCUCAGCUCACCCCACAAACGACGGGCUACCCGUUUCAGAUCGGACUCUCAAACGGGUCAUUGCAUGUGACCCGAUUCGACCCUCUGAGCUGCCCACUUCUAACUCGGGCAAAAGUUUUGAUUUCGGGAUGGCUGUGGGUGUGGGAGGGGAGAUUCUGCCUGAGACUUUGGAGAAAUUGGUUGAGAUUUGUGAUAUUGUGUUUGUUGAUGUUCAAGGGUUAAUUAGAGAAUUUGAUGAAAUUGAUGGUACUGUUAGAUUAAUUAAGCUUAAGGAGACCAACUAUUACCCUUUGCUAUCAAAGAUUGGGUUUCUAAAGGCUUCUGCUGAAGAAGCAGAGUUUCUGGAUAUUGAGGAAGUGAGGAAGCUUUGUUGUGUGGUGGUAACUUAUGGUGAGAUGGGUUGUAAGGUGUUCUGGAAAGACGGGGAGGUUGAUAUUUCGCCAUUUUCAACGGUUCAGGUUGAUCCUACUGGUGCUGGGGAUAGUUUGUUAGGUGGGUUUGUUGCUGGUCUUUCUCUUGGAUUAGCUGUUCCUGAUGCUGCAUUGUUGGGCAACUUUUUUGGGUCUUUGACUGUUUCCCAAUUAGGGUUGCCUAAGUUUGAUUCCAAGUUGUUGCAGAGAGUCAAAGAUGAGGUGCAAAACAGAUCAUUACAGUGUGCUCAUCACCGAGGUGGAGAUACAAAUGCGCUUUUGUUUUCAAAACCUCCCGGACACGAGCAAUUCUACGCGUCUCUUAAUGCCAUCAGACACACAUUUUCAUUGCCCAAACAAGAAUGUAGAAGGGAUGUACCAGAUAUGCAUAAUCUUACAACUACAGCUGUAAAUCACAGUAUAAAGCAUCAGUGUAGUGGGCAGAAGUUCUUGCAUGAUCCUGUAUAUGAUGAAGCAGUUGAACCCCUCGAAGGUACACAAUCAUAGACACGAAAAACAUACACGGAUACACCCUUACUCUCUUCUUUGUAGUUUGUUUGUCAUCUCUUUGUAUUUUGUAAUGCAAUGCAGCAAUCCUGUUUAGAAUAAGUUGAGGUACUAGAUCCUCCUACUCACUGAAAUAGGUCACAACUCACAUUAGUUAGGAAUUUUGUAAUUGAAGCGGAAUCCCGUUUCUUUUGUUGUAAUUUGUAAAUGCCUAAUCUCGAUUGAGGUGUUAAUUAAGAUGCUCUUCCACUACUCAGUUUUCUGA